ACAUUCCUCCGCAUAGAGCUGCAGACUGUCACCCGUCUACCAAAGACACGUGCCAUCCUGUUCUCCUUCAAGACCUAUCUUUUUCCAUUCCGCCAGGUCAAAGGGGGAGGGCCUUGGUCCCGCUUUCGCUGACGCUCCCUAACCCUAACCCUAACCCUAACCCUAACCCUAACCCUAACCCUAACCCUAACCCUAACCCUAACCCUAACCCUAACCCUAACCCUAACCCUAACCCUAACCCUAACCCUAACCCUAACCCUAUGCGCUGCCGCGCCUCUGCCGAGCGCUAA